AUGAAAUCUUGUUACGUGCACUUCGACCGAGCAACCGUUAUUGAGUCCCUUUUACAAACAGUGUUACGAGGGCAAGAUACCUUUUGUUUCAAUCCACUGAAACACCUCCGUACAAUGGAUUAUAUGGCCCCUGGGAUUGAGGAAACCCCGGCUUUCUUUUUUAUGCAGCACAACCUAGAUUAUCAGAACUGGAUCUCGAAAACCGGCCACGUCCAUACUUUGGUCUAUAAGUCGUUCCCAUGUUUGCCAUACGCUAUGCCCCAUCUUAUCCAAAUUAUACAAGCCACGGAGGAGACUUGCUUUUUGUUACAUUUCUCCCUCAUGGGAGUACCAAAAGCGGCGCUCGAACAGACCUGGGGAAGUAACAAACCUAUGGUUUCACUGGUUGUAUGGACGUUCUGCUGCCAGAUCAUUGAAGCUUUUCCACAGGAUCAGGGAAGAUGCCUUUCACAGGUGUUUCUAAACGUUCUCUUAACAUCUUUACGUAAUGACGAGUUGAUCGAAAUCCACGGGGAUCACGAGAAUGCGUUUCAUACUAUCAUUAAUUCAAAGUCUGAUACUCUUUGGAACGCUCUUGAGGUACUUCUAAAGGCUGCUGAUUUUUGUACUACCCAUUCAGGGCUAAGCUGGAAAACUUCAAAACCAAGUUUAAGGAUAAUACUUGGUAGCGGUCCGGCCAAAGAUGAGUGGGAAAAGAUAAUCCACGACCUUCGUCUUCUAAUGAAACGCCUGACAUCGAAAUUUUCUACCGUGAAAUUACUUAUUACCGAUCUACCAGAUACAGUUAGUAUUCAGCUUGUGCCGCCCUCUGAGAUGCUUGUUUUUUAUGAUGAGGAAAGACAAGAGUGCCUGAAUACUCUCCAUUUCAAAAACCUCAGAUACGAUAAGAUCGCAGUACACCACAGCGAUACUCUCGCAUGGUUGUGGAAGUCUCCUGAGUACAAGCUCUGGAUAUCCUUCAAGCAUCCGGAUUCAGGUCUUCUGUUUAUUGAAGGAAAACCCGGUAGCGGAAAAAGUACGUUGGUGCGAUACUUUGCAGAUAAUUUCACUCCUCCGAGUGACGCCAUCGUCCUGAAGUUCUUCUACAACACGCGGGAUGGUGAACACGAGAGGGAUCAUCGGAACAUGUUGAGAACAUUACUAUAUCAAAUACUGAAGGCGGACGAGUCAUUUUUCAUUCAUUUUCAGUCCAUCUAUCGUCGGGAAGGGGGAGGUAGGAUUGAAUGGUGUUCUAAAGACAUGAAAGAUAUCUUACGCGCCUGCAAAACGCAUUUGCGACCUCGUAUGAUAUAUUUGAUUAUUGACGCUAUGGACGAGUCUGCCUGUACGGAUCGUACCGACAUUGUCCAAUUUUUACAUGUGUUAUCGGCUCCGGCUUUGAAUAACCGUGAAUGCAUGGUAUAUAUCUUCCUCGCCAGUCGGCCUAUCAACGAACUACAGUCCAGCAACUGGUCUGAGCGACAAGUAAUCCGGCUGCAAGAGAAGAAUCGGGGGGAUAUCGAAAGAUAUACACAUAACCUUUUGCAAAAUAAAGAUUUCACCUCUGUCAAUUCUGAAGUGAAACAGGAGAUAGAGGGGUACAUUUUAAAAUUUUCAGACGGUGUUUUUAUAUGGGUUUGCCUUGUGUUAAAAAAACUAGCAGAGGAGGUUAUGAAUGACUCGCGGAGGAGUACAUUGAUCUCGUUUUUGGAAUCUCUUCCUAAGAGCCUCGAGAGCCUCUACGAAUGUAUGCUUCAACGACUAACUCGUAACAAGGGACAGGCUAGGAUAGAUGGCAAACGUAUUCUUCAGUUUUGUUUGUUCUCUGGGCGCGCAAUGGCGCUUGUCGAUCUAAAGCACGCUCUUGCGAUCCCAGGUCUAGCAGAAGACGAGGAGCCAGAUUACAAAGUAUGGAUGUCUGAGAUACCAGGAGAUAUCUCCAAGACUUUGACACACUGUGUUGGAGGCUUUGUGGAUGUUAAAGCAAGUACGAAGGUCUUUCCGGCUGUCCAAGUCAUGCACCAGACAGUCCGCGAAUUCUUCCUCCACCCUCGUAACCUCGUGCAAACGUCACACUUAAACGUCACUGAGAAUGAUGCUUCAGAGAUGAUACAAUUAACUUGCGUCCGAUUCCUCGAAAUUGUGUGUGAAGAGGUGAUUGGAUUUACAAUCCCGAGGCCGGGUGGUGUGUCAGUCGCCCAGAUGUGCAAGCAUCUUGAAUACUUAGAGAACAGGCCAUUCAUCAAGCCUUCUUUGGAGUACUUGAAAGCGAAUUUGGAUGCGAUGACACCAGGUAUAACAAACAGGCUGUCCAUUCUCUUUGACCGAGUCGAGAGUUCACAUUGCUCGCUUAUGGCUCUGCUCUUGAAUGGAAUAUCAUCACCCAGUUUAAAGUCUCGACGCGAUCGGCUCGAUUUUAGGUUUAGUGUCGGUCUCCAAGGUUACACAAAUAGAUUAACUCUUCAUGCUGCCCAAAUGGGGUACCAUACUGCGAUCCGCAGUCUACUGGCUAUUUCUGCCAGAAAUAAUGGGAGGACUGCGUUACACCAUGCCGUUCUAGAGGACCAUGGGGCCAUUAUUGAAGUUCUCCUUACGAACAAUGCAAACCUUCAUGCUUGUGAUAACAUGGGCCAAAAUGUGCUGCAUCUAGCAGCCAUAAAAGGGCGUCAGGCUAGUCUUCGGGUUCUUCUCAUGAACAAAGCGGACAUAGAAGAGCCAAACCGUGAAGGUUUUAACGCACUCCAUUUAGCAGUUAUAAAUGGGCAAAAUAGUAUCGUUCAACUGCUCCUUGACGGCAACGCGAAUCUACAGACCUUGGCCUUGGACUCAUCGAGUCAAAACGCGUUGCAUUUAGCAGUGAGGAAUGGGCGCAAGUCGAUUGUUUACCUUCUCCUUGCUCGAGAUGCGGACAUAAACGUACGGGAUUUCAUCGGUCAUACCGCACUCCAUUUAGCGGUUUUAUACCAGCACGAGGCCAUUGUUCGGCUUCUCCUUGCUCGCGGUGCCAACCUAGAUGUGCAGGAUGCCAACUAUCAGACCGCACUCCAUUUAGCGGUUUUAUGUCACGACGAGGCAUGUGUUCGACUUCUCUUUAAUCGCAGUGCCAACCUAGAUGUGCAGGAUGCCAACCGUCAGACCGCACUCCAUUUAGCGGUUGGCGAACACUGCGAGGACAUUGUUGAAUAUCUCCUCACUCACAAUGCCGACUCAGAGGCGCAGGAUAUCAACGGUCAGACCGCACUCCAUUUAGCAGUUGUGUCUCAGUGCGAGGCAAUCGUUCAAAUUCUCCUCACUCACAAUGCCGACCCAGAAGCGCAGGAUGUCAACGGUCAGAACGCACUCCAUUUAGCGGUUGGAUUUCAGGGGGAGGGCAUUGUUGGGCUUCUUCUCACCCACAACGCGGACCCAAAGGCGCAGGGUGCCAACGGUCUGACUGCACUCCAUUUAGCGGUUAUAUCUCAGCGCAAGUCCAUUGUUCAGCUUCUACUUACUCACAAUGCCGACCCAGAAGCGCAGGAUGUCAACGGUCAGAACGCACUCCAUUUUGCGGCCAGCUCUCCCGGGGAGGACAUUAUUGAACUUCUCCUCACUAACAAUGCCGACCUAAAGGCGCAGAAUGCCAACGGUCUGACUGCACUCCAUUUAGCGGUUAUAUCUCAGCGCAAGGCCAUUGUUCAACUUCUCCUUACUCACAAUGCCGACCCAGAAGCGCAGGAUGCCAACGGUCGGACCGCACUCCAUUUUGCGGCCAGCUCUCUCGGGGAGGAGAUUGUUGAACUUCUUCUCACUCACAAUGCCGACCUAGAGGCGCAGGAUUCCAAGGGUCAGACCGCACUCCAUUUAGCAGUUAUAUGUCGGCGCGUGUACAUUGUUCAACUUCUCCGUACUCACAAUGCCGACCCACAGGCACAGGAUGCCCACGGUCUGACCGCACUGAAUUUAGCAACUCUCGAUGCGGACGCGGGAAUUAUUAUCUCUUUCCUCAAUGUGAGCCCAUAG